UAAUUACUGAUGGGAAAAGCGACAUCUUACACUUUGUGGAUAGCAUGAUUUACAAGACGAUAUGACGAUAUAAUGACCCAUCUUACCCUUCUUGAAUACAAUUAAACGCAAAAUGGCUAGAAUACUGCUCACGAGCGGACAGGUUUCCGUAGCACUGAGCUCUGGCGUCGUCGUAAUCUUCACCAUCCUCCUCUUCCUAAGCGGCUACGUCCUCCAACAACAAACUGUCCGCUCCCUCCGCCACGCCAUCCGGCCGCCCCUCCCACCCCCUCCUCCCUCCCUCCCCCUCCAAGAACUCUCCACCCAAAACCCGCUCGCCAAAUCUGCCCGCCUCCCCGGCACCGUCGUCAGCAAAGAAGCCGUGCAAGCCCACCUCGCCGCUGCCAGUGCCAGCCAGGCGAUCGACUGGAAGCGGCGCGCCCAUGUCCAACUCGUGCGCAGUCAUGAGGAGGUCUGCGGCGCGGUCAUGGUGUUCGCGGACUUAUAUCGGCUAAGGAGCCAGGGGAGCAGGGCGUUGGUGUUCCCGGCAGCGUGGGCGACGGCGUGGGGAGAUGAGUGGGGGUAUGAGACGAAUCCGGAGGCGGAGCGGACGAGGCGGUUGCUGAAGAAGGCGGCGAGAAGGUAUAAGGUGCAUUUGGUACCGAUGAAGGCGAUUGAAGAGGGUGGUGAUGAUUCGCUUCCCUCGUCAUAUUCGUAUGCAAGCCUAUUCUCCUUGGAUUGGUACGACAGGAUACUGGCGCUCCCGCGACCCGGCGUCGUCCUCGAUGCUGUUCCCCUAGACGUUCUCCUCGCGUUCGGUACCCCAGAGAGCCUGGCAACAUCCGCUGCGGCGGAAGUACAAUUCGACAUUUCUCCUCAGAGCGAGAUGACCCUGAUCCGACCGUCGAAGGAGGAGUUCAGCCGGAUCAUGGAUAUCCGGGAUGCGGAUCAACUAUCCGAGACGUCAUUAUUUAGCGAAGCUUUUCCUUCCCCCGAGAAGCUUUCGGCAUUUGGAAACGCGGAGGUGGCGCUCAUGGCGACGACAGGGAGCCUAAAGGAAUAUAGUAUCCGGAAACAGGAUCCCCCGGUGCCGGAAGAUAACGUGCCUGGCUCGCCAUCAGGGGAGCAACUGGUGGUGCAAGAGACCGCGGGACAGUCCGGUGCAUUCAACGCCACGGAAUUCAUGCAGAAUACUGCCUUUGUUCGCAUCAUGGACGCUGGACUGCCGGGCCCUGAGUACGAUGUGCCCCGGACCGAGAUGCUCAAGGCGAAGCCAUGGGGAGAAGCGGGGAUGGUGUGGGAGUCGAUGUACGAGCGAUUUCGUGCCCAUCGGAUGGAUGUAUGUGGGUUGGAGUUGGAGAUGGUGCCGGAGAAAGAGGAAUUGUAACAUGUAUUGGUAUGUGUGGAUAUUUGGUUGUUUUGGGUAUAGAAUGGGUUCGAUUUUCACGACUUCAAUAUAUUAUAUGAACUUGGAUGGGCUGCUGUGUCGUGUGAAAUGGAAAUGGCCGAUGGGUCGGGACGGCCUUUGCUAGGGGUCGGGGUUUACUACUGGAGAACCGCGUUCACGUACAUACCAAAUUACGCGUUGGUCCGUAUCCCGUAGGCCAUGUUCACGCAUCAACAUACAUGUUACAUAGAUAGGUACCCCCCCCCCUCCCUGAGUUCCUGGGGCUCUUAGGGGCAGAGGGUUGGGGUAUGUCUU